UGGAGCUCCAUCUCUGUCAAUCUCUCUGGUUUUGUUUUCGCUACUACAUGUCACUUUGUCCCCACCUCUCUGCUUUGCUCUGGCUGGGCCGUGGUCUGCAGAGAUCCCCUGGACCUACAUGUGUUCUCCAAGCCCCCCUGGAUUCUCAGUGUGCCCCCCCAUGGUGAUGUCACGCGUCCUCUCCGACAGUAGCUGAAGUGGGAACAGCUCCCAGGAGCAGGAUCAGCGGGAACAGGGGGAACAGGGAGUGAGGAGCACCAGGCACCCCUCACACCACUUUCUACACUUCAGCACCCCCCAGACCCCCACCAUCAAUGUCACGCCGUCCCCCAACCUGCCCGCUGUGACCCAUGUGUCCAUGGAAGUCCUCAAGCUAAGACUACCACAAUCCCAGGCAGGUGCAGAGCCACCUGGAGAACCCCACCAAGUAUCACAUCCAGCAGGCCCAAAGGCAGCAGGUGAGGCAGUACCUGUCCACCACCCUCGGGGGUAAGCCUGGCAGCCAGGCCAGCAGCCUGCAGUGCCACAGCCAACCCCCAGAGCACGGGAUGCCCCCCGGCCCAGGCAGCACUGCCCCCAACAGCCCCAUGGCCCUGCUGACCCUCACCUCAAACUGUGAGAAGGAGAUGGACGAUGUCAUCGAUGACAUUAUUAGCUUGGAAACAAGUUAUAAUGAUGAUAUUCUUGGCUUUAUGGACCCCGGACUCCAGAUUACAAAUACCCUCCCUGUAUCUGGUAACCUUCUGGACAUGUAUGGAAACCACGGACUUACCAGCAGUAACGCCUGCCCUGGUAGUUUAUCCAACAUAAAAAGGGAAUUCUCAGCUCCUGGCAUGAUGAACAUACUUGACAAGACUGCAUCCUGUGGCCAGUUUGACAACUACCAAAGGCCUGAGGGCUUUCCAGUUGAAGCUGAGGUCCGAGCGAUGGCCAAGGAGAGACAAAAAAAGGACAACCACAACUUAAUUGAACGAAGGAGGAGGUUCAACAUCAACGAUCGAAUCAAAGAGCUUGGAACCUUGAUUCCUAAGUCAAAUGAUCCGGACAUGCGCUGGAAUAAGGGCACCAUUCUGAAGGCCUCAGUGGACUACAUCAGGAAGCUGCAGAGGGAGCAGCAGAGAGCCAAGGAGCUGGAGCUUAGACAGAGGAGGCUGGAGCAUGCCAACCGCCAUCUGAUGCUCCGCAUACAGGAGUUGGAGAUGCAGGCGCGGGCUCAUGGUCUUGCGGUUGUGCCGUCCCCUUCCCUCUGCUCCUCUGAGCUGAUGGCCCGAGCCAUCAAGCAGGAGCCCAUCCUAGGAGACUGUCCGUCAGACCUGUACCAGAAGUCAGGCCCCGACAUGUCCCCUACCACCACACUAGACCUCAACAACGGCACCAUCCACUUCAAUGACAGCCCUUUGGAUGCAGGGGAACCAGGAGCCUAUGGCUCCAACAAGGCCUCCACUAAACUGAAGGACAUAAUAGACAACACCCUGUCACCCAUAUCAUCCCUUCUGUCCUCAGUGUCUCCAGAUGCCUCCAACAGCAGCAGCAGGCGUAGCAGCAGCUCAAGCAUGGAGGAGAAUAUUUUUGGUUGUUAGCACUGCCCACGAGCUCAAGUCACACUCACAUUUUAGCAUAUUGUUAUUACUGUGAUUGUUAUUACUAGGUUCUGCUAUUGAUCUAUUCCAUGAGACACUUCUCUGCUGGCAUCCUAAGAUGUCCUCCAGCUUUCCUUCCCUUGUCUACAGACAUUCUGUCUUUUGCUUUUGUUUGUUUUUCAAUGUCAUUGUGUCUCUGUCUGGAACCAAAUCUGACGGUUCAGAUUAGUCUACUCUGCUCCUUAGCUGGCUGUUGAGAUUUACUGUACAAUAAGAUGAACUUUUCAUGGGUGAAUUAUUUGAGAGAAAGUGCACAAUAACAUGACAAGAUUUUAUAUUUUUCUCAUGUCAUGACUAUUUGUUAAAUUAGAGUUUAAAACAUUUGUUUAUUACAGUAUAUGAUAUCAUACAGAAAUAUAUAUUUAGUUGAAUACUUUGUUCAUUAACUGAUAAUAACAUUGUACUAAGCAUUUAAGAUGAGCUAAUACUUCUUACCCUUAAGUUAAAUUCAGAAGCAAUGGUUUGAAAGCCACAAUUUUAUUUUUUGCAAAUAAGAAACAACUUGCAGGAACAAUGAAUGCCCUUUUAAUGACUUUUUUCCCCUACAUGGUGAUAGCUUAAGUGAAGAUAUUUGUACAAAACGACACUGUAAAUAUAAACAUUUUGUGAUUUAGGUCUUUAAUUAAGUAGGUCUUUAAGUGAAUUCGAUUGUUAUUUUGAUUCCCCUGGCUAUUACCAUAUAAUUUACAUCUGUGCUCUUAUCCCAUACAAAGUUGUAAUGCACAUAAAGAUAAUAUUUUGAAGAGUUCAAACAGAUAUUUAGCUCAGAAGGAGCACCUGCCAGCAUUGUUCUUGUAUGUCAGAGUACUGAAAUACUAUCGCUAAUAUUACUUUAUAAUUACUAAUAUUAUUUCCUUAUAUAACUUUCUAUAAGACCACUAUAUGGUUGACUGUAGGAGCUAGCCCAUUUAUAAAAUAAUGUAGUUGAUGUAACCAACACAUUCCCCUAGUUCAUGUCUUCUGAGCCACUUAUCUGACCUAACCUGAGUAUGAAUGUUAUUAUUUAUUGUGUUGUGCCACUCCGUCCUCGACUUGCGCUAAUCAUGUGGUUGCUGGACCCGUGUACGAGGGUCAGAGGUAUGAAGUGAUUUUUUUUGUACUGUAUCAUUGUGUUAUCUUAGGUGGCAGGUAAGCUGAAAACAUUAUACAAUUUAGUAUCAGUGGAGCUCUGGAACAAGUGCCUUUCAUUUCAGAAAAGUUAGGGGUAGUUAAAAAAAAAUGCAUUUACUGAGCCUCAAUAUACAUAUUUUGUGCAAUAUUAAAGUGCAUCGUGCUUUAAAAACGUGUUUAAUUAUGUAUGAAAGACAAAAGUGAUUAAGUUCUUAAAAAUGAUUUAAUGGUGAAGA